AUGACGAUAAAGGAAGGCCUUAAAGAGAGAAGAGCAGAAGUGCUGGCUGAAGCCGCAGAGGCGAGGAAAAGCAUCCGUUAUGCCCGUCGAGACUUUGCCAGUCGCAAGACAAGGAUGACUGCUCUCCGGAACCCGAAGGGAACAACCAUUGCAUCGAGAAGGAGGAUGGAGAAAAUUAUCUACGACUUCUACUCUGAUCUCUUCGACAGCCAUGUCCACUUGCCUCCCCACUAUCUGAGAGAAGACGGACAUGUCAUUCCAAAGGUUCUCCCGUCCGAAAUACGGCAUCCUAUCAUGUCGGCAAGAAAUCGUACGGCAGCCAGUCUCGACAAAAUAAGACCAGAACACCUGAGGAACCUUCCGCCAGUACUCAUCAACACUCUGGCGAGUUUCUUUACACGUUAUCUGUCGGGAUGCAGUGUUCCUAAAGAGUGGAAGACAAGCAGGACCGUGUUGUUGUAUAAAAAAGGAGAUCCACAUGACAUUGGAAAGUAUCGCCCAAUCUGCAUACUGUCCGUCAUAUACAAACUCUUUACAAGAGUGAUCCUUAAUAGGAUUGAAAAAGUCUUUGAUGAAGGACAGCCAUGCGAGCAAGCAGGGUUUCGAAAAAGGUUCAGGACGAUUGACCACAUUCACACUGUUUCGAAACUCAUCGAGGUAUCACGAGAGUACAAGAUGCCGCUCUGUCUCACCUUCAUCGACUUGAAGAAGGCCUUCGACCUAGUUGAGAAUGAAGCGGUCAUGGAAGCUUUGGACAACCAAGGCGUCCGUACUCAGCACAUUAAGGUGAAGAGAAGGCUUCAACAGGUUGAUACAAUCUCACCUAAAAUAUUCACCCUCGAGAACGCAAUGCAAAAGUUGGAAUGGGACGACAUGGGGUACGUUUACCUAGGUCGGGAAAUGAACAUGAUGAACAGCCUGACACCCGAGUUGGGCAGGAGGAGACGAGCAGUUUGGGGAGCGUACAAGAGCAUCGAGGAUGUAGUGAAGAAGACCAAGAACGCUUGGCUCCGUGCUCACCUCUUCAACACCACCGUACUUCCUGCUUUGACCUAUGCUUCGGAAAUCUAG